AUGAUUUCACAUGAUUUUACAGGUUUACCAUGGGCAACAAGUCACCUGCAUCACGAAGAAUUUGGAGAAUUUCGAAAAAAAAGUAAGAAAAAUCAUGAAAAUAGGAAAAACAAAGAAAUUCGAUUUUUCAGGGUCCCUUCACAAACAGUGCAAUUAUAGGAGCGAGAAAAACGAUAGUGAGUGGAUCGGUCGGAUGAAAUGGACUGUUGGUGAGUAGUUUUUUGUUUUUGAGCGAGUAAAUUUCAAACUCGACAUUCUAUGAUUUUGUGAACUUCAAGUCUGACCAUGUGUCACAGGCAUAAAUUUCUUACUUUUUUUCCUGUCGGCUCCGCCCCCUGCCACGAUUACACGUUUCACGUUUUUUAAAUAAUUUUUUCGAUUUCAUCUUUUUUUCUUCACUAAAUUUCGAAAUGCAAAAAAUCAGAAAUAAUUAUUGCUUGAAAAAACGUGCCGCACCUUGCAAAAUAAAUCCCGCCUCCCGAAUCACGCGAGAAUUUUUUUUCUGCGACAGGCAUUUCUGAAUUAAAAAAGUCAAGAAUUUAUGCCUGUGUGUGUAUUGCAAGAAGCAUCUGCUUAUGUUUUACACAUGUCAAAUUUAGUAAAGAUUCAAUAUCAAAAUGAAAAGUUUGUGAAGAGCUGAGAGAAUUACAUGUUUCUCUCUCAAAAAAUACAUAUGUCUUGGUGGAGAAUGCUCAGCCAGUUUUCAACCCAAAAUUGGCCGAAAUGUUGAUAAAACUUUGGUGAAACUUUGACUAAGUGACUCUAGCAUCCAUACGUGUUUUUUUUCCGACUCUAGCAUCCAUACGUGUUUUAUAACAUCGAAAUUGAAUGGGAAAUUUAUUGAAAUGAAUGAUAGAAAACUUGAAGUCUUUGGGUAAUUGAAUCACCAUUGCUUGUCGAUAUUUUACUUUUCACAAGACAUUUGAAACUGUAUUACGAAAUCGACCAGAAGUUUCAGAAUAUUAUUCAGACUUGGAAAGAAAGAAAAUCAUAGAAAUGAACAAAACUAUAAUUAUCAAACUAACUUUUUCAGACAUCACCCACCAACACCAAAAAUUGCCGACUUCAUCUUCGAACAAUCGAUUUUGGACAAUCGACGAUGGACUAAAUGAUUUUUUUAGUCUAAAUAAAUUUUUUUCUCGAAACUUGUGA